AUGACAAUCCUGAAGAAAACCCUGAAUGAGGCCUUGCAAUGGGAGUCAGAUGAAGGAAAGGACGUUAAGGAGACAUCUAGUAAACCCCACCGAUCAAAAGCCCUAUCAGACCCGUACACGAUUCAGGAAAGUGAUACAGACUACAUACACUCUCUUGUGAAAGAAAUAACCAAUCUUAAGCGUCAACUCUUUGCGGCCGAAGCUAGAGUCGUUCGAGCCGAGCAAAUGGAAGAAGUAAUCACCCAUGAGGUGAAGGAACUAGUUGAACUCCUGAUACGCCAACUUGACGAUUAA